GUCGGGCAUUGCACGGGCGGUUGUUAGUUUCGUUGUGGAUGCGCAACUGUGGGUCGUUCCUGUUGCGCCUGGGACGGCGGGAUGGGUUUCGUCACCUAGGAAGCAGGUGACAGUCGAAGUACGGAAUUCAUUGCAGCCGCGUCCUGGGGAGAUGUACUUAGCAGGCAUCCUAUUGAGUUCAAUGGCGCUUAGUUUUGGAUGCCGAAAUCAACCGGUUCAAAAAUCCAACUAAUUGGAGGGAUGGCUUUCCCCCCCCCCCUCUUUUGCUCUGUUUUUGGCAGCGUAUGAAUAAUUUGGGGUGAGGGGAAGUGUUAGGCGUGGCUGCUUUCUUCCAUUCUAUUAAGACUAUGGAAGCGCAGGGAGAUUCCCCUCGCCCAGUGGCUAGCUAGGAGAUUUUAUUUUAUUUAUUUGUAUCGUUUUACCAACAGCCCAAGGCGGUGAUGACAUAUCCCAACACACCUUCCUUCUCCUAUUUCCCCCCAAACAACAACAACCACCAGUGAGUGAGAUGGGUUGGGCUUAGAAAGAGUGACUGAAAGCCCAAAGUCACCCAACUGGCUUCCCCUGCUAAGUCGCCCAACUGGCUUCCCUCUGCGCAUCCACAACCAAACUAACUUCCCCUGUUUGAUGUCUCAAUCUUCUGCUUUAAAACCUAUGCCUUAACCAUUAGACUGAACUGUCUUUUCUGAAAUGCACUGAGAGAAGAGAAACAUCACAGACAUCUUUUCACAUCACAUGGAUCAGCACAGUUUGGAUUUGGUCAGCGUCGGAGGUUGUGAUAGGCAUCUGUCAUCAACAGUGUAUAUAUGUAUAUAUUUCUCUAACCAAUGUCAGGAGAUAGUGAUGGCACCGUUAGAAGUCCCUCUGAGGGAUCUCUGUCAGGAAUUGAGAUCCUGCCAGUGCAGAAAACAUAUGUGUGUACCCUGUCUGCUGAGCUUAUUGCCAAAGCACGUGAAGAGCUGCAGGAAAAACCCGAGUGGCGGCUUCGAGAUGUUCAAGCCCUCAGAGACAUGGUGUGCAAAGAUUAUCCUAAUCUGGGGACAUGCCUAGAUGAUGCUUUCUUGCUUAGGUUCCUUAGAGCAAGGAAAUUUGAUUAUGAUCGGGCACUUCAGCUUCUUGUGAACUAUCAUUGCUGUAGGAGAAGUUGGCCUGAGGUUUUUACAAAUCUGAAGCCAUCUGCUAUAAAGGCUGUCUUGGAAUCUGGCUUUGUCACUGUGCUUUCUCAUUUAGAUAAUGAAGGACGCCAUGUUGUCUGUAUUCGCCCAGACAAAUGGACACCAAGUAAUUAUCCAAUUACUGAAAACGUUCGUGCCAUGUACUUGACAUUAGAAAAACUCAUUCAGUCUGAGGAGACCCAAGUGAAUGGAAUUGUAAUUCUUGCAGACUACAAAGGGCUCGGUUUAUCUAAGGCAUCUCACUUUGGCCCCUUCAUAGCGAAAAAAAUGGUUGGAAUACUCCAG